AUCGUCAUUGUCAUUGUCAAUGUUACGUCAUCGUCAUCGUUAUCGUCAUAGACGUCUUCGUUUUCAUCAUCACUGUUAUGCAUUAUACUGUUCAUCGCAGACCUUGUUGGAACGAGAUACAACAUUCCAAUGCAAUGCGCGAUGAUGCGUUGUUUCUUCGUCCGAAAGGCGGUUAUACUUGAAGCUGAAGGGAAAGAAAGAUAAUGACACAGCCAAAUCAAUCGACAAGGUCGACGAAAAAAACCGGACGCAUUUACGAAUGAAGCUUAAAAGAAAUAUCGGAGACGAAGAGGAAGACGAAGAAGAAGAAGAAAACGAAACAGAUGCCGUUUAUCUGAUAUUAAAGAAGCGAACAAGAACAUCAAUACUGCGUCAAUACUGCGAAAGAUUGCUUUACAAUCGCGUUGGUGGCCAACGAUUUGAAUUCGCCGUUAUUCGGCGUAUCUAAUGCUGAACGGAAGACGACUCAAGGCGGACAACACACUGGCGGACGGGGAACGUAAUGAUAGCGCCGUGGUUAUCAACCCGACGCUCUCAUCGUCAUUGUCGACGUGCACGGUGCCCUACAUCAGCACCGAUCAGGGCUACGUGUUUGAAGGUGGCGGCAUGUCGACGUUGCAGCAGCUCGGUGCAGCCGGUCGUGGAAACAUCGACUGCAUCGGUGGCGGAGGAGAUCUCGGGUUUGGCACGUCAAUAGAAGAAUCAAGAAGUGGGCUAAGUGGCGGGAUAGGAAUCAAUACUGGAGAAACUACGGGAAUUAUAGGAAUGAGUGGAGGAGGAGGAGGAGGAGGAGGAGGAGGGAGUGGAAGCAUGAAUAAAGAAGUUCGUUACGCUCCAUUUGUAUCGUCUGUAGGUCCAAUCGGUACUGUUGCGCCGAUGAACCUGCAGUCUCUACCGCCACCGCCGCCGCCACCGCUACCGCCGCCACCGCCGCCGCCGCCCCUGCCGCUGCAGAUGCAGCAGCAGCGUGCCUUUUCAAAGUCGAUGACGUCCCUACCGCCGGAGCCGUUCAUGAUUAUGCGCUCGAAGGCGUUAAAUCGGCGCGUUUCAAUUAACGUCGGUGGCGUGAAGCAUGAAGUACUAUGGCGUACUCUCGAGCGGUUGCCGCAUACGCGCCUAGGUCGAUUGAGGGAUUGCAAUACCCACGAGGCAAUAACCGAACUCUGCGAUGAUUAUUCCUUAAUUGACAACGAGUACUUUUUUGAUCGACAUCCUAAAUCGUUUAGUUCGAUUCUUAACUUUUAUCGUACUGGCAAGCUUCAUUUAGUAGACGAAAUGUGCGUGCUGGCAUUUAGCGAUGAUCUCUCUUAUUGGGGUGUCGAUGAGCUCUAUCUUGAAAGUUGUUGCCAGCACAAAUAUCACCAGCGCAAGGAGCACGUACACGAGGAAAUGCGUAAGGAGGCAGAGUCACUUCGACAGCGUGAAGAAGAGGAGUUCGGUGAGGGAAAAUGCGCCCAAUAUCAAAAGUGGUUGUGGGAUCUUCUGGAGAAACCAACUACCUCCAUUGCGGCACGGGUGAUAGCUGUGAUAUCAAUACUCUUUAUUGUGCUUUCAACGAUAGCACUAACUCUCAACACCAUUCCUAGUAUGCAAGUAAAUGAUGAGAAGGGAAGCGUCCAAGACAAUCCGCAGCUCGCUAUGGUGGAGGCUGUGUGCAUCUCCUGGUUCACUCUCGAAUACUUGCUUAGGUUCAGUGCCUCGCCGGAUAAAUGGAAGUUUUUUAAGGGCGGUCUUAACGUGAUCGAUUUGUUGGCGAUACUACCAUACUUCGUAUCUCUAUUCCUGGUCGAAACCAACAAAAACGCGAACGACCAGUUUCAGGACGUGCGCAGGGUAGUGCAAAUCUUUCGUAUAAUGAGGAUCUUGAGAAUUUUGAAGUUGGCUCGUCACUCUACCGGGCUGCAGAGCCUCGGAUUCACCUUACGUAAUUCAUACAAAGAGCUAGGGCUAUUGAUGCUUUUUUUGGCGAUGGGCGUCCUCAUAUUCUCGAGUCUCGCCUAUUUCGCCGAGAAAGAGGAGCCCGGGACCAAAUUCAUAAGCAUUCCAGAAACCUUCUGGUGGGCAGGCAUCACAAUGACAACCGUCGGAUACGGCGACAUCUACCCCACGACCCCGCUCGGCAAAGUGAUCGGCAGUGUGUGUUGUAUAUGUGGUGUCCUGGUAAUCGCGUUGCCCAUUCCCAUUAUCGUUAACAACUUUGCCGAAUUCUACAAGAAUCAGAUGAGACGGGAGAAAGCCAUCAAGAGGCGAGAGGCCCUUGAGAGGGCCAAGCGGGAAGGCAGCAUCGUGUCUUUUCAUCACAUCAACUUGAGAGACGCUUUCGCCAAGAGUAUGGAUCUCAUCGACGUCAUUGUUGACACCGGUCAUAACAUGUCUGGGGUGGAUGGUAACAGCACGGAAGGAGAAUCUGCAUGCGGUCGUGGACCUGCUCAGACCGGGCCCGGUUGUUAUCGCAAUUAUGAGCAUUACAGUCUAUCCCGGCAUCGACGCAGCACGUCUAAUGCUUGUUUCCCAAAUUUGCCUAAUGACUUGCCUACUACGCCCGACAGCCCAAAUCGUCGACUUCUCGACUUUGUUCAAAAUGUACCAAGUGCCCAGAACGACGAUUAUUAUCAGGAUGAAGUGCCGGCGCAGCAUAUCAACCAGGCAAACAUAACAUCUAGCGAUGAAGAGAAAAAAGAUGGCAGAAAAAUCGAGAAAAUUGAUGAAUUACCUAGCGAAUUCGAGUGUUGCUUUUGUACUACGAAGGAAUACAAAGACUUUAGGGAUGCGGAGAACAUAAUGCCACUUGCUACCAGUGACUUUCGUAACCCAGUGUGUCAAGAAAUGAGAUCCAUUAAGUUCAGUGAUGGCAGCGGAAGUGGCGGAGGCGGAAGCGGCGCGGAAUAUUUAGGUUCAUUAAUUGUGGAUUCAAAGAUUUCUCCCAUUCAGCCAUCGGAAACGUUAAGCUUUGCGAGGAUUUACAACGAACAAGGGUACAGCUAUUCAAAGAAGUAUAACGAACAAGGAAGCAUUGAUAGUUCAGACACAUACGCGAGCUGUCAAACACAUCCAUCACAUUCACAGGGUGAUUUGACUGAUGAAGCAGAGAGCAAUCUUUACAUAAAUCCUUUGGAAGCAACGGAGAAAUGUAGAACUAGUCAGAUGAAAAAAUCUAUUUCUGGUGAGGUCAACCGAAGCAUAAUCAUUGAUACAUCAUUUAGCGCUGAAUCUCUGAAAGAGGCCAGUAAAGCUAAUCUAAAUGAUAUGAUGCCCAAACAUAGGAAAAUUAGAAUCCAACAAAGUACAAAACCACGCACGCAGUUUGUUAGCGAUCAAGAGAAGAUAAUAGUACGCAGUAUCUUGAAGGAAGGUACUACUUUGGAAGACAAUAAUAAUCAUUGUGGAGGACUACGUGGUGGCAAACCCUCCUCUCACGUGUCAACAAAUAGCUUGGCAUCCGCCACGCGUAUAAUCAAUUAUCACACGUUUGGAUCCCUCAGCGCGCCAAAACAUUAUAAAGCGCUUAGAACGUCGGCCCGUACAUUCGUACGGGCAUACUCGGCCAACUACAAUUUAACGACGCGUUCGCGCGCCCACCGAUACUGCGUGACGCAGCAGGCUCCGUCCUGUGGACCCAAUCUCGAGUGACGGGGACGCUGGCCGCCGACGUCUCCCCAAACGUCCCCGACUACUCAAAAUACAGGUAUAUAAGCCGGCCGAUUCCGUAAAACCUUCCGUUCUGAUCCGCCUUCCCAGAUGAAGCGCCUUCCCUAGUCGACCGAAGUCUAGCACACUGGCUUUCAGCCAAGAGCUCUUGGCAAAAGAGCGCAUUCGUCUCGCAGACGCUGAUCUGCGGGUUCAAGCAAACUUGGGCUCCGCCAAGAGGUCUAGCAACCUCCUCGCCGACUUCAUAAGACCGGCACUUCUUUACGUCAGGUACGGGGUUCCGUGCCUCCAUCAAGCGUUCUUGGCGUGGAGAAGUGUCAUUCGCCGAACAAACAAAUGGUAUUAAUCGUUACGCGUCGCGUUAUGAAGAACGACGUACAGAUUCUACCUCGCGACUCAUCACUGCCACGCCCGCGCAUACCCCGCCGGACCACCGAACUCACGCAUCAUAAACACCGAGCUGACACGUACGCGAGGAGUGCUAUUUAUAGCUGGGGCUCAACUGAUCCGCCUUGCGGUAAACACUGACGUGCAUUUAGGCCGAAUGAGUCCCAGUUGCGCACAGAAUAAAUUGGAGACAGCAAGUUAAACAUCUCCGAUUUUGAUGAAAUUAGACUCAUUCGACGCGUUUUCGCACAAAACAAACAACUCUGGCGGAAAAAAGUGUCAAAAUUGCCUCCCGAACGAAAAUAUCAAACACUAAAGUUGACAACUAUUGAAAUUAGGAUACCUAUCAUACCUAUAUAAUUCACGUAAUGUAGCGUCUUGAGAAAGUAAAUGCUUGGAAGAGGUUUUGCCCCUCCCCCCGCCCCCCACGAAUUCCUAACCCAGGCCAACCCGCAUCUAAUUGUGUUGUAUAAGUCAAAAAUUUGCGAUAUAUGCGGGAAGUAGCAAGGAAGCUCUUCUAUCCUCGUGUUAAGGAUUAGCGGACGGUGGAGACAGAAGACGCAAGCUCUCUGGGGCAACAGCGCGCGAACGAAGUCAGACAUCAUUCUCUCGGGCUCUCCGGCGUGAAAAACCGUUGCUGAUGAUCGUUGGUGUGACUUUGAGUAAUAAGGGAAGAUAUUCAGACACGCGUGUGCUUCUUGCUGCCUAUUUCCUAGGUAGCAGAAGAAUCUAAGAAAUUUACAGAAUUUGUAAUUCCCGAAGGCUUGUACGAGUUUAACAUGACACCUUUUGGAUUAUGCAAUAGUCCGGCCAGCUUUUUAAAAUUUAUUAACAAGGUUUUUCAAGUCUUAAUACAAAAAAAAAUAGUAAUAAUCUAUAUGGAUGAUAUCGUUAUACCUGGAAAUAGUUUUGAAGACGGUUAUGAAAAAUUAGUCAAAACUCUAAGAACAGCAGAAGAACAUGGAUUAAAUAUCAAUUGGCAUAAAAGUAGUUUUCUCAAGACAAAAAUUGAAUUUUUAGGACAUGAGAUAGAAAAUAGUCAUGUUCGCCCAGCUAAAUCAAAGAUUAAAGCCGUUGUUAACUUUCUUGAACCAACAUCUAAACUCCAAAUUGCGAGUUUCCUCGGUUUAACAGGAUACUUCAGAAAAUUUGUAUACAAUUAUGCACGGAUUGGCGACCUCUAUCCGACCUGUUAAAAAAAGAUAAAAAUGUCUACAUUGGUGAAGAACAAAGAAAGGCAAUUACAACGUUGAAGAAUAUUUUGUCUCAAGAACCGAUGCUACGCAUUUACGACCCCAAUGCCAUCACUGAACUACACACAGAUGCAAGUUUGGAAGGAUAUGAUGGCAUACUAUUUCAGAAGAGAACGACUUUCACCCAGUGUAUUAUUGGAGCAGCAAAACUUCAGAUGCUGAAAAGAAGUACCAUUCUUACGAGUUAGAGAUAUUAGCAAUCAUAAGGGCACUACAAAAAUUCAGAGUCUACAUACUCGGAUUAUCCUUCAAAAUAGUAACAAAUUGUGAGGCAGUAGACAUUAAUGAAAAAAGAAAUAUCUGCUAAGUUUACUCGUUGGGCAUUAGUCUUCGAAGAAUUUGUACAUCAUAGAACAUCAAUCAGGAACUCAACUAAAACACGUUGAUGCGUUGAGUCGCUUUCCAACCAUGCUAGUCGAGGAUAAAAUACUACUAAUGAUACGGAAAAAACAAGACGAAGAAGAGAAACUUAAAGUAAUUAAACUGCUAUUGAAAAAAGGGCUACAUGAAAAUUAUCUGCUUAACGACGAGAUAUUAAUGAAGAGGAUCAACGAUACAAACGUCAUCGUACUACCCACUUGUAUGCAUACCGAAGUAAUACGACGAGCUCACGAUCAAGGCCAUUUUGGCGUGAAGAAAAUGACGGAAAUUAUCCACCAAGAAUACUACAUUCCGAACAUCAAAAGUAAACUAGAGGCAUUUAUAAGCUGUUGUAUACCAUGCAUAUUGGCUGAACGGAAGAAAGCGUGAAGGACUAUUGACACUGGUACCCAAAGGUGAUCAACCACUUCAUACUUACCAUACCAUUUAGGUCUAAUGACCGCUACGAGUAAAUUAUAUCGUUACCUCUUGGUAAUAGUAGAUGGAUUUUUCAAAUUUGUUUGGAUUUAUCCCACGAAAACGACGAACAUGAAAGAAGUUCUUAGCAAAUUAAAGGAAUUGCAGAAAAUUUUUGGUACACUAUCACGGAUUAUCACAGAUCGAGGUUCAGCUUACACAACAUCAGAAAAAUAUUGUACAGAAGAACAAAUACAUACUUAUUACAACAGGAGUUCCACGUGGAAAUGGACAGGUGGAAAGAAUUUAUAGGAUAAUUAUUCCUGUACUAACAAAAUUGAGUAUGGACGACCCGACAAAAUGGUUCCGGUUUACGGACAAAGUACAGAAAUGCAUCAAUGCUACGUAUCAGAGAGGUAUCUAGAUGACACCAUUCGAGGUACUUUUCGGAGUCAAGAUGCGGCAAAAAGAAGACAUAGGAAUUCUCAACCUUAUUGAACAGGAAGCAAUCGAACUGCACAACGAAGAGCAACAGGAAUUAAGAAAGAUAGCAAAAGAAAAUUUAUUAAAAAUCCAAGAAGAAAAUCGUCGCUGUGCAAGCAAGAUUACUAAACCCGCGACCACGUAUACAGAAGGAGCUCUGGUAGCCAUACAAAGAACUCAAUUUGGAACCGGACUAAAAAUCAGCAAGAAAUUCUAUGAACCUUAUAAAGUAACAAAGGUUAAACGGAACAACCGCUACGACGUAAUCAAAGUUGAAGAUGGAGACGGGCCAGACCGAACAUCCACUGCUGCAGAUUUCAUGAAACCAUAUUCAAUAUACUCUUCCGGGACUGAAGAGGUAGCAGAAUGGCCGAAUUCUCGUGGGAAAUAGCGAGGAGGCUCUCCUAUCCUCGUGUUAAGGAUUAGCGGUGGAGACAGAGAGCGCAAGCUCUCUAGGGCAAUAGCGCGCGAACGAAGUCAGACAUCACUCUCUCGGGCUCUCCAGCGUGAAAAACCGCUGAUGGUCGUUGGUGUGACUUUGAGUAAUAAAAGAAAGAUAUUCAGACACGCGUGUGCUUCUUGCUGCCUAUUUCCUACAUAUAUUCAACUUGCUGUGUCCAAUUCAAUUUGUGCGCAAUUGGGACUUUCCCUCAAGGCCAAGGAUCAAAUCCUGCCGUGUCCGUGCGAUAAUAUUAUAUAUUUUAAAUCUGGCUUGUGAGAUCGAAAGCACCGUGUCUCGCCAAAUUACUAUCAUACCGCCAAACCACUCCGCAGUCCGUAUUUGUUACUCUUGCCGAAAUUAAUGUACAUCGUGACUCGUCCCGACCGUCGUAUAACAGUUUCUGUCAUCUUUGUAAGCUACGUCAAUUCAGUUUUUAUUACGCUUUUCUUUAAUAAAGUAUGCUAAUGUCUCUUUAUCAUCAACGCACGUCUAAUUUUCUUUAGGCGAUCUCUCGCGCUCUCAUCCUCCUACCGAUCACCGUCCGUGCGUGAUAUCGGAUCGUUACAAUUUUUUAGAUUUUUGUAAUAAUUGACAUAUAUUAAAAAUUAAAUAUAAUAUAAUUGUAUAA